AGGUGACCUUGUUAGUGUUAGCCUAUUCUAGCGGGCCAAGACAAGGGAAGAGAGGACCUUAGUAGGUUUAGACAGUACAGUGGCAGAUAUGUUGGGGAUUUCGUAUGGGGGUUGUAGGUAGCAAGUUGACAACCAGGUUAUAGUCUUAAUAAGUCGUCAUAUUCUACUCCCUAACCAUUUGUCCUAGUUAUUCCUCUCGAGUCUUAUUUAUCUUAUUUAAACAUGGAGUUGUGAGAUUUUGACACAGGAUCCUCGAACCCGAGUGGAGAGAGAACAAUUUACACACAAUUUUGUGUCCCCUCGCCUCAGGGGGAGCGGCACUCAAAGGGUAUUUGAUUUUGUCAACUGUUUCCUGUUCUUGUCCAAGGUUGGAAGUGUAGGGGGAGGUGUGUGCCUGUGAGUUGAUUGUUGAUUCCUGGGUGCACAGCCCAGGGAGAGUCACACUAGAGAGUUCAAUGAGGUAGAACUAAUAAGUGUCUUUCAGGAAUAUCAGAUUGAAUAUUGAAAUGCAAUUUGGUUUGGUGAAGUUGACCUAAUUUGUUGUACUGUGUUGCAGGGCGGUCUCUAAAGCGGCUGAUCAUUGCUGACAACCUAAUAGAAGAUGAAGGGAUUGCGCUGCUCUUACCCAAUUUAUACGCCGACUCCUUGCUCGUCCUUGACCUCUCACACACCAUGUCAGAGCACACUUCGGAACUUGCUGAACAGUUGCAGGCCUUUGUGGCCUCGGUCAAGAAGUGUAGCCUCAAAAAACUAAAUUUGUCUGGCUGCCAUCUUGGUCCUCUUUGUGAUAUGCUGUUCCUAAACAGGUUGGUGGCUCAGUUGUCCAGCCUACAAAAGCUGAACAUUUCUGACAACAGCCUGUUGACCAUGUGGAGCCUGGAGCAGUUACUCUACAUGAGCACAGGAACUGGUCUGGAAAAGCUGGUGGCGCGAGACUGUUCCGUCUAUGCACCGUUCAAGGAAGGGUUUUUGCCCACUCUCAAGGACAAAUUGGAAAGUGUACAUCCCCUUCGUAAAUUUGUGUUCACUUGUUUUGAGCUGGGGAGAGCGGAGGUGGAGAGUCUCCGUUGUCUGUGGACCUCGGUGUGGGGGCCAGAGGCCAAGGUAGAGGUGGAAGAAUCAUCUGUUUCUUUGUCCGUUGUCUGAGGGGGGAGAGUGCCUGUCGACAUUUGUGUACUUUGCUCAGUGUAGUAGGGACAUUUCUCAGGAGAAUCAGAUUUUUAUGAUAUUUAAGAUCUUAUAACCCUUUCAGCUCAGACAAUAGUUUUAACGAAAUUGUUUAUGUUGUAUUGAAUGAAUGAAUGGACGAACCUUUAUUAUCUCUAGACUUCCUCCUGUGUGCACUGCUCAGGGAGAGUCACAUUAGAGAGUUCCAGGAGGUAGAACUAAAUGUCUUUCAGGAAUGUGGGACUGAAUGUUGAAACAAAUGCAGUAUCAGGGUUUGUACAGGUCUUGGAAAACUCUUUGAACUUUGUUUUUACUUUCCAAGACAUGGAAAACUCUUGGAAUUUUGGGAAAUUGGCAAAAUUCUUGAAAAAGUCUUGUAAAAACAAAUUUUUAACUAGAUCUGUUGUAAAAAUAUUUCCUCAAAAUUUAAAAGGCCUUGACUUUACACAUUCUGAAGUGUACCAUAUGUAUUUUUUAAUGCUGAACGAAAAAUUUUCUUAGGAAAUGACACGUUCAUUUGUCUUUGAAAAAAAGAAAUCUGGUCUUGAAAACUUUUUGAAGAAUCUUGGGGGAAAAUCUGCUCAGUAUGAACCCUGCAGUAUGGUUUCCUCAAGUUGGCUCAAUUUGUUGUACUGUGUUGUAGGGCGGUCUCUUAACUCUUUUCCUACCAGGCCAAAAUCCACCACUGGCCCAGGACUUUCCCCAGACCUAUUUUUAUGCCCCUACCCCACCAAAGGAAAAUGUCAAUACGUCCAACUAAACACACACAAACCAUAUCA